CUGAACUGUGUCACCUUCAGUCACUUGUGUAUUAUAUCAGCCGACACACUUGGGGACCUUAGAUUCAUUGCCUGUGUUAAUUUUUCAGUUCGGAUUUCUUCAAUCUCGAGGCGCCAUAGUUACUCGUAUACAUGUGAUCUCGCCAUGGGAGUCCUGGCGACAUUGUGGAGGUUGAUAAUGGCGGUAGCAGUUUAUAGCGUUGCAGCAGUCGCUCCAACAGACGGCCUGACUACAGUUGAGCCAGUGAACCACUUCCCCCCAAACUUCAACUUCACUGACAUCAGGGCGUCGGUCCCAGAGGGGAGUCCUGUGGGGCACUUCGUUGUCAUCAUUACGGCGUAUGACAAGGAUCUGGGAGAUGGCGGAAUGAUCACCUACUCGUUUCAGGCUACUCAGACCAUGUUUCGUAUGGACCCAGUCAGUGGGGUCGUGAGCGUGGCUUCCUACACGACCGACUACGAGACGAAAGACACUUAUGUCUUGAUCGUGCAAGCUCAAGAUGGCGGUGGACUCGUCAACAUCAGGACACUGAUAAUAUCUAUCGACGAUGUCAACGAUAACCCGCCUGUCUUCCGGCAAACUCAGUACGACAUGAUGUUAUUUGAAAACGGAACGUCUUUGAGCAAACCUCUGCGUCUGGAGGCGACAGAUAAAGACAAACCAGGAACAGACAACAGCAACAUUACUUACAGCCUGUCGUCUACAACUCCUCCUGGACUCACUGGUCACUUCCACAUCGACCCCCUCACUGGCGACAUCACAGUCGUCCAGCCCCUGGACUUCGACAACAUAUCCUUCAGUGCCGAACAAGUAGGGGCCAUCACUCUCACGGCAGUUGCCAGCGAUCAUGGACUUGGACCUCUGAGCUCAACUGUUGAGGUUUCUAUCACUCUAUUGGAUAUCAAUGACAACACUCCACAGUUUGAGUAUUCUGAAUACCAUGUGAGUGUCCCUGAAAACAUCGCAGUAGGCUCCCAGGUGGUCAUGCUUCGUGCACGUGAUGCCGACGGUAGCGCCCCCAACAACCACGUCUACUACUUUCUAGAGACCGGCGACCGCGAUCAGUUCACGAUUGAUCACGUGACUGGAUCCAUCACGGUUGUGGACAUGUUAGACCACGAGAGUGUCGCCACCUACUCCAUUAAGGUCAUGGCCAGGGACCAGGCAGCCGACCCACUUCACAGCUUCUGCACGGUGCACAUCGAUGUUGCCGACGUUAACGACGAGCAGCCUCGGUUUCGAGAGAACCACGUGACGGUUGAUGUCACCCCUGACCUCUUGGGUGCUGUGUACAACAUGAGUGCAGUGGACGUAGACCAGAACAGUGUUUUAAAAUACUUCAUUCUGUGGACUGACAGCUAUGGGCAAUCUCAAGCGCUUGGAACUAUACCUGGCGAGGACCUGAGAGCAUGGAUUGAUAUUGAUAGCGAGUAUGGGAUGAUAUACACAAAAGUACCUAUCGGCAGUACUCAGGUGACAAAGUUUAAUCUGACAUUGCAAGUACAAGAUGUGAAUGCCUCCGAGCCAAGUCUUCAGCAAGAUACAGCGCUUUUAACGAUCAACGUACAUGAAACCAGUAGACGUCGUCGUUCGGCGGAAGUGAGCGAUGACAGCGACACCUGGCACAUCAAGAGCCACGGUAAGAAGAAGUGGGAGGAGUCCGUAAUAUUUUCAGCUGGUCUGAGUCACUACCAGGAGGCCACAAAAGCUCAGCGGAUUGUAUACGACACAGUGUUUGUCAAUGAGGGAAGUGGUUACAACAAUAUAACUGGCAUCUUUACAUGUCCACGUACCGGCGGAUAUGUGUUUAAAAUCCACCUGUGUGCUCCCCGCCACACCAGCCUGUGGCUGUCUCUGUAUCACGAGGUCACCAGCGUGCAGACGAUGGAGGUGCACGCAGACGAGUACUCUAAGGCGGAGACUGUGACUGUAGUGCUGCAGCUGAUGCAGGGUGACGAAGUGUACCUGGCCUCCACACCUGGCCACAGCAGCCGGAUGUUCGGCGCUCCAGACGCCAUCUUGAACACCUUCAGCAGCUCUUUCCUGUCACCAGCCUUCAAGUAGUCUUCUGCGGGUGGACCAGCACAGACAAAGCUAUUGAUGCGGAUAGUACAAUCAUUUUGAGAGUGUAAUAAA